ACAGCCGGACGUUUCUCCGACGCGUGAAGGCGGGUCUCGCCGCGCUCGUGGCGGAGCAGGGCGGGGGUGAGGGGCCGAUGCCACCGGCGAGGGCUUCCACUCGAGCCGUGCGGGGAGAGGCGGAGCAUGCCGCAACGCAGCUGGCCGCAGAGGUCUCAUUAACGGCGGGCCGUCCGGGCGCGUGCGCUGGCGCGGGGGCAGCCGCGAGUCGCAGCGGCGCCAGCGGCGGGACCAACGGCGGGGCGGACGGCGGGGCAGCCGGCGGGACGGGAGGCGGGCCGAGCGGCGGCGGCCGGUGCGGCGAUGCCUCUCGCCGAGUGCCGUUUGAGGCUGUCCACUCGCGACUUGGGCAGGUCCAGGCGGGCAGCGGUGCGACGACUGCGAGGGGGGUGCAGGCGCCAAAGCGGGAGGGGCAGGGCAGCGGCGCGCUCGCGAGGAAGAGCGCGUCGUUCGGCAAGUUGGACCUACUUGGCGGCAGCGAUGCGCCGGGGCCUCACCUCACCGCCUCGCAGCUGGAGCGGCUGCAGAGCAUGCGCGAGUCGAUGCAGCGCAUUCGAGCUUGUAGCUGACUACCAGCUUCAAGUGUGCGCGCGAGGGGGUGGCACACUCACACGUAGAGCCGAGCGACCAUGUGCACAACAGAUACGGUAAUUUACCGGACGAGACCUCUAUGUGUGUAUUUUCGCACGGCCAUGUGUGUGUGUAUUCAUUCGCGCCUUUGCGGGGCGCGCGCGGAAAAAGAAAGCUGAAAGGAUUUAAAGGUCGUU